AUGUCUGGCACUGGAAACCUGUCGACCGUGUCUCAGCUUUCGGCCCAGUGGACCAACCCGAACGAUGUGCUCUCCCUGCUACUCAUAAUCGGUGGAGACAUCGUUCAAACCGCUCUCGCCCAGACUACUGCCGGCGGAUGGAUAACGCCAGUAUGCUUCUCGUUUGGUUGGGUAGCAUACUCAUUCAGCACACUCGUGCGCGUCCUUGGCGACGGUCGUCUCUUGCCACCGCCAGAUUUCCCGGCCAAAGUCUUCAACCUCGAAUCGUCCUACGUCCGAGAGAACAAGAACUGGGUGUUGGGCCGCAUCCUGAGGGAUAAUGAGCUAUUCAUGAACAAAAUACAGCCGCACGGAGGUAACGCACUCAGGAUAUCGAUAUACACCGCUGUGGCACGGAAGAAGGGCCAGGAGAUGUCGAACGUCUACACCUUGUGGUUGUGGAUAGGAGUCACAUUGCUACAGAUUGGUAUUGCGAGCAUACCUCUUGGCCGAGACGGCGAAUGGGGAGUCUUUCUUGUGACCUGCAGCGGUAUUGUUGCCUCAAUACUUGCAGGCGCACUACCUCAGUGGCGAAUCGAGAAGAUCCCGCUCAAGAGGGAGAGCCGCAAGCUUAUCGCUUUGACAAGUGGUAAUGGGUCUCGCGACAUCAUGAUCAUCUACGGUGACAGGAAGGCGUUGGAUCUCGAGGAACUCGCUGCUGGCGAGAGUCCUCGCUCUGAUCGGGUCUGGGAGGCCCUAAAUCUGUUCUCCACGCCUGUCAAGAACGAAUUUGGCCUCGUAGAGCGCCGGAACAACAACACUGAAGUACGCAAGACUCCUGGUAUCUUGUGUUGA